GUGUCAGCCGCUCCUUCCAGCUUGGUGUCAUCAGCAAACUUGCUGACAGUGCACUCUAUUCCCUCAUCCAGUUCGUUGAUGAAUAUAUUGAAUAGUACUGGAAGUCGACAUUAAAAGUUACUUUCAACACCUCAACCGCAAUUUCUACCUGCGCGCUGCGGGAGCAGCCACGCCCCUUCCCCAGCACCCACUGCGCAGGCGCAAGUGCAGGCCCUGAGCACCGGGGAGGGAGCGGGGUUAACGGCUUCCCCGGCGCCUGCGCACUGGACGGCUGCGCGCCCCAGCGGGAGCGGAGAGAGCCCUGGAGGUGACAGCGGCGGAGAGCGGCAACGGCUGCAUAUCUAAGAAAAGAUGGCAGAUCCUUGGCAAGAAUGUAUGGAUUAUGCAGUUGAUUUAGCAAGGAAAGCCGGGGAGAUAGUCCGUGGAGCACUCAAAGAAAAAGUAUCUGUUAUGACUAAAAGUUCACCAGUAGAUCUGGUGACAGAAACUGAUCAAAAAGUAGAAAACUUUCUCAUUUCUUUGAUAAAAGAAAAAUAUCCUUCUCACAGCUUCAUCGGAGAAGAAUCUGUUGCAGCUGGAGAGGGCAGCAUUUUGACAGAUAACCCCACAUGGAUUAUAGACCCUAUUGAUGGAACUACGAACUUCGUACACAGGUUUCCAUUUGUGGCAGUUUCAAUUGGCUUUGUUGUAAACAAAAAGAUAGAGUUUGGAAUUGUGUAUAGUUGUAUAGAAGACAAGAUGUAUACAGCCAGAAAAGGAAAAGGUGCAUUUUGCAAUGGUCAAAAACUUCAAGUAUCAGGCCAAGAAGAUAUUACAAAAUCCCUUUUAGUAACAGAACUGGGAUCAAAUCGUGAUCCAGAGACUAUAAAGAUAAUUCUUUCUAACAUGGAAAGACUUCUCAGUAUUCCUAUUCAUGGGAUUAGAGCCGUGGGUACUGCAGCUGUGAACAUGUGCCUUGUGGCAACGGGUGGAGCUGAUGCCUAUUAUGAAAUGGGGAUUCACUGCUGGGAUAUGGCAGGGGCCGGAAUCAUUAUUACUGAAGCAGGGGGAGUGCUGCUAGAUGUAUCAGGUGGACCGUUUGAUUUGAUGUCUCGAAGAAUAAUUGCAGCAAGUAGUCGAGCUAUAGCAGAGAGAAUAGCCAAAGCACUUCAAAUAAUUCCUCUGAAAAGGGAUGAUGCAACCAACUGAAUACCAAAACUACACCUUAAAUGUAAUUAUAUAACGUUGUCUUGUAGUGCUAUGUGUUGGUUGUUCUAAUGCUGCAAACCUGAUAAAAAGAUAGAUAAAUACAUGGUAGUCUUUCAGUGCUGGUGCUAAGUGCUUUUCCUGUUAAAUAUUUUAUUUAACAUCACAAUUACAUAAAGAUCUAUUAAAAGAAGCAAAUAUGUACAACUAAUAUUUUCAAGUUUUAUACUACACUGGAAGGCAUAGCAAGAGACUGUCUAUGUAUAAAUUAAUAAAAAUCUCUAGUUCCCUAAGUGAGGAAACAAAAUUCACUGUCUAAACACCACAGCAUUGUGUCUGAUCCUCAACCUGAAAGAUGAAGGCAUUACUGUUUAUCCAGUCUUUGUGUAUGUCAUCUGUUGUUUUCUGCAGUGGAAUCAGUCAUUCUUUCUUUGUAGAGGUAGUUUGCAGGUUUCCAAUCUUUUUUUAGUUCCUUGUAGUUUUUGCUCUAAUUUAAAGCCUUUAUUACUGAACUGUCACUGUUUUUGUAGUCUACCUUUCUUAUGGUAGUUAAACACAGUCUCUCCUUUAGCCUCUAAUGUGGCCAGUACGCUUGCAAAUUCAUUAGAGUUGGAAAAAUAGUUGUUCUUGUGCCAGAAAAUAUGUGCCUCUCCCAGAAGAAAUUUCUGAGCACACCUUCUCUCACCAAAUGGACUUACUCUAAAUUAAGAUGAAGUAUGAUUCGUGUUUGGCCAUUACAAUCAGCUGAUACUAAGGUUAUAGAGUGUACAGACACUAAAGAAGAUACAUAUCUAAACCUAAAGGGUUUAUAAAUCUAAGAAAUAUUAGUAAUUUCAUACUUGGUGUCAAUUGUUCUAAACUUCAAAAACUACAUUGGUUCUUUGAUUUUUUUUCUAUUUAAGCUUGUUAAAAGUAUCACUUUCCUGUUCAAAUAAUUAAUGCACUUAAAGAAAAAAAACCAACCAGUUUUUAGACUGAUUUUUCUGUGCAUAAAGUUUCCUAAAGGAAGUUGUCUCAUUAGAGGUCCAGUCAAGACACAGCAAUGCUUUGGAAAACCUGAGUCCUACUAUUUUUUUUUUUGGAAGAUGGUGUUUUCUGUCUUCAAGAUUCAACAGAUCUCUUAUUAUAAAUUUCGGGCAUUUAUAUCAGUUGAUUUUUGCAGAUUUUGCAGAAAUAUGUGACUUGAAGUUGUAUCUAGUGCCAGAUGAUAAACGUUAGUGAGAUCAGCCUGCUAUUUAAAGGUCUUGUCUAAAAGCCAGACUUACAUUAAUUUUACUUUUUAAAUUCCUACUGACAAGGAUAUAAACUCUUUUGAGCAUUUCACUGUAACUUUAUUGCUGUAAAUGACGUGGGAUCAAUGUCUUGAGAAGUAUGUCUACUGUACCAUUUCUGUGGCUUUUGUAUAACUAAUUCUGCAUAACUUUUAAAAUUGAUUUAUUUGUGAAACGGAGAGAUGUCUAAAAUCUUUGAGAUGGGAGAACACAUUCAAAAUAAAUCUGCUUUAGCAGCAA